AUGCACAAAACGGGCAGCGUAUCCGAGACGGGGGUCGAUCUCGACCCCCGCGCGCAGGAUGAUCGCGAUAUGCAGCGGCUAGGCAAGACGCAGCAGUUCAAGAGAAAUUUCCGGUUCUAUUCGAUUUUGGGGUUCACCACUACGUUGAUGGCGACGUGGGAGUCGAUCUUACUAACGAGUACAUAUGGAUUGACUGAUGGUGGUCGGGCUGGCAUGCUCUAUGUCUAUCUCGGUUCGUUUGUGGGAUUCUUUGCGUCUGUGGUGUCGAUGGCGGAGAUAGCCUCGAUUGCCCCCACAUCCGGCGGACAAUACCACUGGGUCAGCGAAUUCGCAUCUCCCCGAUGGCAGCGCUUCCUCAGCUAUCUCACUGGUUGGCUCUCGGUCUUGGGAUGGCAGGCUGCCCUAGCCAGUAUCUGCUUCCUCUGCGGCACACUCAUCCAAGGCCUCUUGGUAUUCAACUCCUCGCCAACGGGCUACAUGUAUGAGUCGAAGCCGUGGCAUGGCACCCUGUUCACCAUGGCCAUGGCCGUCCUCUGCACGGUGGUCAACACCUACGGCGCCCGGUUCCUCCCCGCGCUUGAGCAUCUCAUUCUGGCCCUCCACCUGCUUGGAUUCGUCGCUGUCCUUGUUCCUCUGUGGGCGAUGGGUCCUCCGCGUGCCCCCUCAUCCGUCGUCUGGACCGAGUUCACUAAUUCCGGGGGGUGGUCCAACAUAGGGCUUGCCUGUCUCGUUGGCCAAUUGACUCCGAUCUUUUCGUGGGCGGGACCAGACGCCGCUACCCAUAUGUCGGAAGAGAUCCAACACGCAGCCCUCAUCGUCCCCUGGUGCAUGGUCUCCACAGCGCUCGUCAACGGCGCCCUCGGCUUCAUCAUGCUCGUCUCCCUCCUCUACACAAUGGGCCCCAUAACCGCCGUCCUCGACCCGGCAUCAGGCUUCUCCUUCCUCCCCGCCGUCCACCACGCAACAGGCGGAUCCUUCCCAGCCACAAACGCCACCGCAGCAAUCAUCAUCGCCCUCGAAACCUGCAGCGCAAUCAGCAUCCUCGCCACAGCCUCACGCCAAACCUUCGCCUUCGCGCGCGACCACGCCCUCCCACUGAGCGACUUUCUCUCCCGCGUCUCCCGCCGCUCUCACACCCCAAUCCCUAUCCCCGCCAUAUUCCUCUCAACCACUACCACCCUCCUCCUCUCGCUAAUCAACCUCGGCUCCACAGCUGCGUUCAACGCCAUCGCCGGCGUCAUGAUCGCCGCGCUCUUCACUACGUAUAUCGUAUCUAUCGGGGCGUUUAUCCGGGCACGUCUCGUCACCAGCGGCGACCUUCCCCCUGCGCGGUUCUCCCUCGGCCGUUUGGGUCUGCCUGUUAAUGUUUUAGCUGUCGCGUGGCUGUCGUUUGCGAUCGUGUUCUCGUUCUUCCCUACGGCGGAUGACCCCGUUCCGGUUGAUAUGAACUGGUCGGUUGUUGUGCUGGCGGGCGUGUUGUCGUUUGCUAUCGCUGCUUAUUUUGUUCAUGGGAGGGGGGUGUAUCGUGCGCCUGUUACUGUUGUACGGAGGGAUUAA